UGCUAGUUGAAGUUCAACAAGGCCCACAUUACCACUGCUACUACUCAACGGCCCGUUUCCAUCCCAACCAUUCACACCACAAUCUACUCACAACAUGGGCAAGACCAAGAAAUCGUUGGCAGAACAGCUUGCCGAGCUGUCGACCACUGCUCCAAAGGACUACGAUCCUGAGGAUAUAGGUGGCGAUUCCCUCAAUAGCAAAUUUAAUGAUGAUAGCGAUAUGGGGAGCGAUGGAGAUGGCGACGAUAAGGUGCACACUGGUCGCGAGCACUAUGUUUCAGUUGGGAAGAGUCAAUUAAGGAGCAAGAUAUUUUUAAUGGACGACCCUAAAUACAAAGGAAAGAAGAGCUCUAGGAGAGAAGCCCUUGAAAUGAACGGCCACGACGACGAGGAUCAGAACGAGGAUGAGGAUGGUAAAGAAGAUAACGAAGAAGAGGAUGACGAUGAAGAGGAUGACGAUGAGGAUGAAGAAAUGGCUUCGGACGAUCUGGAUGAUGGAGAGGACCUCAUGACUGGCUUUGAUCGGGACGGAAGCGACCAUGAUGAUGAUAUCGAGGGCGAGUAUCAGGAGGAAAAUGACUCUGAAGCGGUGGACGAUGAGAGCGACGAAGACGACGAAGGUGGUUAUGGCGAUCUUACAAGGUCUGAUAUCACAGAGACAACUCAGGAAAUGCAGGAAGAGCUUCAAAAAAUCCAGCAGGAGGAAAAGGAGUUGCUCAAUAGCAUGACCAAGAGCGUUUCGGACGACGUCGAGAAGGGAAUUCAUGUCAAGGCGCAGAUGUCGCUCUGGGAGACCCUUCUGGACACUCGUAUCCGUCUUCAAAAGUCCGUCUCGUUGAUCAAUACAUUUCCUCAGCCUUCAAUCUACGACGAAUUCUUAACCGACGAAUCAGCAGAACCACUGGAGGAAGCAAAGCACAACCUGCGUUCAUUUAUCGACACAUUAAUCACUGUCCGCACGAGUUUGCUCCGCAACAUCCCUGAUGUUAAAAUCCCCAAAUCCAACAAGCGUCAACUUUCAGAUCUUCAGGAUGAUGAGGCACGGAAUCUGGAUGACGACGCAUGGCAGUCCAAGGCAUGGAAGGAUAUGGAGGCAUUGGAGGAUGGAUGGAGAUCGUACCGCAACAACACCCUGGAGAAGUGGAGCAACAAGGUCCAGAUCGCCAGUGGUAUCCCGCUCAAUAAGAAAUUCAAGGCCAUGAACCAGGGAAUCAUGACGCAAAUCUCCCAGACAAUGGCAGACAAGGAGCGCCUGGUGAAGAGGACGCAGUUGAAGCGCUCAGAGUAUCACAUUUUGGGAGCCGCACCUGAGGCGGAGGAGCACGAUAAGAACGACACAGCAGAAAAGACGCCGGAGGUCAGCAAACUGGAUGCCCAUUUGUCAAACCACGACCAGGAGAUAUUUGAUGAUACGGAUUUUUAUCAGCAACUGCUGAGGGAACUGAUUGAGUCUCGGAUGGUUGAUAACGAUGACCCCACGGCCAUGGGUAUGCGCUGGGCAGCCCUUCGACAGACAAAACAAACCAAGAAGCAGGUGGAUACAAAGGGAAGCAAGGGUCGCCGUUUAAGAUACCAUGUCCAUGAAAAGUUGCAGAGUUUCAUGGUACCCAUCCCUGCAGGAACCUGGCACGGUGAGAUGGUCGAGGAGCUUUUCUCGUCGUUGCUAGGUCGGAAAGCUGGCAACUUGAACGACGACGAUGACGAGAAUGACGAGGAUGCACACGCGGAGCAAGAGCAGGAAGAUGUAGUGGACGAUGGACUCCGUAUCUUUGGCUAAAUCCGCCCGACGAUCACUGUCCUCUCUCCAUUGCAUUUUCAACCAUUUAGGGCAUUUUCAUUUGCAUAUUACGAUCAUAGAUAAUGUA